AUCACCACACAGGAAGUGUGAUCCGGGAGAAGCGUCGUGCCGCGCCGAGCUCGUCAGUGAUUUUGGAUCAAUCUGAGCGAUUAAAAGCAAUUAAUAGCGCUGAUCCGCGACGCGUUCCCCGUGUGUUCGAGUCAUGGUCGGGGUGAAGGUGAUCGGGAAGGACUCGGAGUUCCAGGCGGAGCUCAGCGGCGCGGGAUCCAGACUCACCGUGGUGAAGUUCACCAUGAGCGGCUGUCGUCCUUGUGUCAGAAUAGCUCCAGCGUUCAACAUGUUGAGCAACAAAUAUCCUCAGGUUGUGUUUCUGGAAGUCGACGUCCAUGUUUGUCAGGCCACAGCUGCAGCUAAUAACAUCUCAGCGACGCCGACGUUCCUGUUCUUCAGAAAUAAAGUGCGUGUGGACCAGUAUCAGGGAGCAGACGCUUCGGGCCUGGAGGACAAGAUCAAGCAGCACGUGGAGAACGAUCCCGGGAGCAACGAGGACUCCGAUAUUCCCAAAGGAUAUAUGGACCUGAUGCCGUUCGUCAGUAAAGCGGGCUGUGAGUGUCUGAACGAGAGCGAUGACUGUGGCUUUGACAGCUGUUUGAUCAAGGACUCGUCGUACCUGGAGUCAGACUGUGAUGAACAGCUUCUGAUCACAAUCGCCUUCAAUCAACCCGUCAAACUCUUCUCCAUGAAGCUGCUGGCUGCGGAACUCCCUCAAGCCCCGAAGAGCGUCAAGAUCUUCAUUAAUCUUCCUCGAUCCAUGGGGUUCGAUGACGCCGAGAGAAGCGAAGCCACGCAGGCGCUGGAUCUGUCUGAGGACGACUACAAAGACGACGGCCUCAUCCCGCUUCGAUACGUCAAGUUUCAGAACGUCAACAGUGUGACUGUGUUUAUCAAGUCCAACCAAGGAGACGAGGAGACGACAAAAGUAAACUACUUGACGUUUAUCGGGACUCCUGUCCAGGCCACGAACAUGAGCGACUUCAAACGGGUUGUGGGUAAGAAGGGAGAAAGUCACUGAAGAGGAAAACACGCCAACAUAUUGCUGCAAUCUCUCCACGGCCAACAUGACUGGGUGAAAUCACCCCGAACACAGACACUGAGGAGCGCCAGAUCCGUCACUGAGAGAGUGAGAGAAGACACAGUUUGUCUCGAUGAGGCCCUGGUUCUCUCAUUUUUAUCUGAAACGUACAUGUAAAUAAAGUCGAUCCUUUUUCAAAGGCA